UCUCUCUCUCUCUCUCUCUCUCUCUCUCAUUAGUUCUAUAUAACCCAGGAUAGAUACCUGCUUCAGAGCUCCACCUAACUGCUUGAUGCACUUGUGCAAUUUAUCUACUUCUCUCAUUUAAGCUUCUGAAUACAUUUCUGAUCACCUCCCAACAAUUGACAUAUGGAACUCUUCUCAAACCAACACCACCAAGCUUCCCUCCUGAGCCCUUCCAACCUCCCAAACAGCUUCAUGGAGAAGAACUUUCCUCCACAACAGCUUGGGGAGAUGAGCAAUGAAACCUCCUACUGCUUCCCUUACUGCUACUUGUCAGAAGCCAUUCCAGAGUUCUCAAACAACAGUGACAGCACUGCUAGAGCCUAUGAGAGUAGCAGCUCUCUUGACACUGUGAGAAAUGCUUCUUCAGCUGGGACUCAGAUGAGUCAUUCAGCAGUGAUCACUGACCCAGGAAGCCCCUCUGGGAAGAGGAGAAAGAACAGAGAUAGCACUUCCUUGUGUUUAGCUCCAUUAUCCAAUGAUGCAAUGGAAAGCAAGACCAAGAAACAGAAGAGACCCAAUGGUGGUUUGAAGAAAGUAGAGGAGAAGAAGCCAAAAGGUGAUGAGAUAAAGCACAAAGAGGUUUGUGGGGAGCCACAUGAGGGGUACAUUCAUGUGAGGGCAAGGAGAGGACAGGCCACAGAUAGCCAUAGCCUUGCUGAGAGGGUAAGAAGAGAGAAGAUCAAUAAGAGGAUGAAGAUGCUGCAAAGCCUUGUUCCUGGCUGUGACGGGGUCAGUGGAAAAGCCCUAAUGCUGGAUGAGAUUAUCAACUAUGUACAGUCCUUACAGAACCAAGUUGAGUUCCUCUCAAUGAAGCUUGCUUCUAUGAAUCCCAUGUUUGAUGAAUUUGGUGUGGAUUUUGAAUGCCUCAUGAAUCACCCAGAGAGCAUGCCACAUGAACAAGUACCAACAGUGGAUCAGACCAAUCACAGCCAAGCCACUCCUUCUGAGGCUACUACAGUCAAUUAUCAAAUGGUGGACAAUUCAACACCCAUUUUACAACAUGGACAAGGACCCACAUACUUCCCCCAGGAUGGUGGCAAUCCAAUGAUGCAAGUGGGAGGACAUGAUCAGGGGUGUCUGAAUCCAUUAGGGUUUUACAGCAUCUGCUCUUUUCAGUAGAGAUAUUGAGAGACAAAUUGUAUUAUGAUUGCACAGUUAUCUCUUGCAGCUUGUGCAGUAAUUAGGAAGAACCACCAUAUUUUAGUAAUUAAAUAGGAGGCAAAUAGUACAAGACACAAGGAUGGAACAUAACCUCACACAGCUACUGUAUUUGGUCUCUUUUCCAUGCCUCACUGUAGCCUAUGGGGAGAGAGACAUUGAAGAGUGGACAAAUUUAAGACCAUAUCUCCUGAGGAUCCUUGUUGUUGGGCCAUUGGACCUGUGGGUUCAAUGCACUAACUCCAAGGAACUAUUCUUGUGCAUGUACAAUUGUACAAUAGUGUAAGUUGGAAUAGUAUAGUUUUAUGUGCCAUCUUUUUACCUCGUUGUGCCCUUCAAUCUACCUUUUACUCUGAGAGAGAGAGAGAGAGAGAGAGAGAGAGAGAGAGAGAGAGAGAGAGCAUUUGUAUUCUAGGCGGAUCAUAUGACUAGUUACUAUAGAGAGAUGUUAUUUCAUCUUUAACAUUUGUUUUGUGUUCAUGCAUCUAUGUGGAAUCUUUCAGAUACUGUUUCUUGUGUUAUUACACCUGAGGAUCAGAUUAUUAAUUAACUUCAAUGAA